AUGAAUACAGGUACAUCACUCAUUCUGUGGUCUGGCGAAUUUGGUGGAAUGCAGUUUGGUGGUAUUCAAGCUAGAAAAAAAACUCAAAUUUUUAAAAGAUUACCAUUCAAUUACUGUUCAUUAUCUUUACAACCGUUCGAACAUCCUGUAUGUUCACCCGAUGGAACAAUUUUUGAUCUGAGAAAUAUAUACCCUUAUCUAAAGAAACAUGGUACAAAUCCUGUUACGGGUGAAAAAUUGGAAUCUAAAUCUUUGAUUAAACUUAAUUUUCAUAAGAAUGCAAAUGAUGAAUAUCAUUGUCCUGCAACACUUAGAGUUUUCAAUGAUCACACGCAUAUUGUUGCAAUUAAAACCACUGGCAAUGUUUAUGCGUAUGAAGCCAUUGAACGACUAAAUAUUAAAGUUAAAAAUUGGACAGAUUUAUUAACAGACGAGCCUUUCACAAGAAAAGAUAUAAUAACUUUACAGGAUCCUCAUAAUCUUGAAAAUCGUAAUUUAUCGAACUUUUAUUAUGUGAAGAAUAAUAUAAAAAUAAAUGAAG